AAGCAGUACCGCCAACAAUUUUUAAUUUUAAGAUACUAUAUAUUAAAUUUUUUUCAAAUAAAAUAUGAGUUUUUAUAUGACAUUUAAUGUCAAACUUUUAUUAUUUGUCUAGUUGUGUGCAUUUUACACAAACGUUUUGUUCCAUUAUUUUACAUUUUUUCUAAUGGACUCGAUAGAACCCAAAAAACCCACGUACGUCUACAUAAAUGAACCAUCAAACUUCAACGUAGGCGAUCCAGCUGAAGGAACCAAACCGAACUUCUUUCACGACUUGGUUCCGGACCAGCAAACCCAACUCAACCUGCUUAAAUACAAGACCAUUAAAGAGAACCACGAGUAUUUACAAGAACAUCCGGAAGUUGAAGCCAUCAUCAUGCUGAUUUUGCGAAAGGUCUUCCAGCGCCAGAAGCCCACCAACAUAAUACAGUUCGUCGCCCAAUACUUCCAUCAGUCAUUCUACGACAUCGAGGAUGAAAUUGUGGAUUACCUAAAGAAAAAGGGGAAGAAGUAUGUUAGAAGUGACAGAGUGAAUUUUUCGCCUUCCACUUCCAACACGUAAAUACUUCGUUGUAAAUUUUAAGUUUGUGUUAGUCCUCAAUUUUUAUAUUGAUGGGAAAUAAUAAAUACAAUUAAAUAAUCAAGAAACUGUUCA